AUGGCAACCUCUAUUAUGAGUCGUGGCUCGGAAGGGCUAGAUGUUUUUGCUCGGCGCUCAACUCCUAAGAUUGAGAUUGAUCUCGAAGGACAAAAGCCUGGUCUGGUGAACUCUUACACAACAGGAGAUUAUAUCGAAGGCACUGCCAAGAUUACUGUUGACCAGGAGACGCGUUUUGAUGAAAUCGAAAUCAUCUUGCAAGGAACCUCGCACACUACAGUAGAACGAGCGGCAUGUCCCGGUCGUACAGGUUCACAGCAGAUGUUCCUCAAACUUCGCCAACCGAUUCAAGAUGCCGACUACCCUACCCCUCGAGUACUAGAAGCUGGUUGCACAUACUCGUUUCCCUUCACAUUUGUGGUCCCAGCCCGCUUGCUGCCCCAGGUUUGCUCGCAUGCGAAGAAGAACAACCACAUCCACCGAUCUCACACUAUGCUUCCACCGACAUUGGGAGAUUCUAUGGUCUCUGCAGAUGGAAAGACUCUGAUAGAUGACAUGUCACCGGACAUGAGCCAAAUCGCAUACAUUGUUCGUGUCACUGUGUUGAAGAGAUCGGGCCACCAUGAGAACAAAACAUUGGCAAAUGUUGCCAAGAAGGUCCGCAUUAUCCCCACUGUGGAGGAGGAACCGCCCCUCAACACGGUGGAUCAUACCAACUACUGCACCCGCAAAGAGAAGACCGUGAAGCGUGGUUUCUUGCGCGGAAAGCAGGGUCAGCUUGUCGCCGCGGCCUUGCAACCCAAGCCGAUUCGUUUGCUUCCUCCAAGUUGCGAGACACACGAUACAGUUAGCACAGUGGCAAAAGUGCAGCUUCGAUUCGACCCCGUAGGCAAUGAGCAGCCACCACGACUAGGUUCGAUGACCAGCAAGAUCAGGGCAAGCACAUACUACAGCGCAAACCCCUGGGACGAUUUCCCAUGCCAGUCAGGCUCACUGGUAUCACAAAUUGGCCAGGGUCUAUUCACCGACACUAUCUCCCUAUCGAGCAUGUGUGUGGCUUCAGCCAAAUGGGAAAAGCAUUCCUCAAAUGAGCGCCGUGAUUCUGUCAACUCAACCUCAUCAUCUUCCACUGACUCCUCCGAUGACUCAACCGGCCCCUCUGCUUCCUUCACUGGAGAUACCUAUUACACCGCUUCUCUUGUUGUCCCCGUAUCACUACCAAGCUCGAAGACCUUCGUGCCGACCUUCCACUCGUGUCUGAUGUCUCGCACAUACUCGCUCGAUUGGUCUUUAUCAUACCACACCCCAGGAGCCAAUGUUCUGACCCCGACAAUUUCGCUUCGACUCCCAAUCCAAGUGAUCACCCAGCCCAAAUACGCUGAUUCAACCAAGUCGGACUUGGGUUUGAUUGUCACGCAAGAGGAGUUGGAUGAGUUCUUCCGCCCACGAUCUAUGAGCUUAGCCUCGAAUCUGGUUGUCGAUGUGGCAGAGCCGCCCCAGUACUCGGAACGACCAAGGCGGCGCAGUGUGCGAGCUACCCAAUAA